AUGCUGCUUGGGCCGCUUUCCCUUCUGCUGCUCAGAGUUGUAGCGGCGAAGAACGAGGAAAAUCACAUGAAGGGGGGUGGAUAUGGAUCGAACAAUGGGGAGGGACGGAAAAGGAUGUUCCCCUCGGACAAAGGAGGGGCGGCAAGAGGGGUGGUCGAAGAAUCGACCGAAGAAGCAGCAGCAGGAGAAGACAUGUGGACAGAUAAAAACUAUAAACACCUUGUGGAAACAUCUAGCAGAAACAACCGAGUGGUGUGUGUACAAAAAGAAUUCAACGAUUUAAUAUACUACAAACAUGAUAAGGAGUGCGACCCGAACAAUACAUUCAGCUUCUCCUUCAACUCUACAUUCAAAUUUGACACGAAAUAUUAUGAGCGGUACAAAGAAAAUAAAAAAUCGUUUGUAGAAAGGAACAUUAAUCCCCAUGAAGCAGUGGGGUCUUGCAUAAAUUGCCUCUUCCUGGACGAAAUGAACUUCUUAAGUAUCUAUGGACACACCUUUAUAUAUGACAAGUCUGAAGAGGCGGAGUAUAAGGAGUUCUAUGAGAGAAUGAUCGACAUGCAUUACGUAACGGAAGGGAAAGGGAAUUCCUUGGAGGUGGGUACCAACGGUGUGAAUGUCCUGGAUAGCUCUGCUAAAAGUUGGAGCUACCACGGGCGAGAUAACAACUCCCAUGUAUUGCAAGAAUCUAACUGCUCAAUGGGUUCUCCCCCUUUCAGCAACCGCGAAAAUUCAAUACUAGAAAAUUUCCUGCGCGAUAACAGGAUACAUUAUGCAUAUGACGAAAUAGGGGAUGGUGGGAUAAGUGAAGGGGAGAAAAGUGGGCAACCAUGUGGGGCUACUGACCUCGUCAUGGAAGAUACUUCGCUGAAUAGCAAAAUGGUAGACAACUUUUUUAUGAAUUUCAAAACAGGUGAAAUUUCCGAAAACGGAGAAGAGGUGGAUAACCAUGAGGUGGGAAAACAUAACAGAGGAGAAGAACCAAAGAAGGUGAGGAAUCUAUCCAAGCCGGAUGAAAGCAAUACCCCUGCGCACAUCAAAGACAUGCCAAAUCUGAUCUUUGAUAAGGAAAAGUGCAGAAUAUUCAGAGAGGAUAUAAAUAAAAAAAAAAUAUGGAGCAACAUCCUCUUGGUGAACUCAUUCACCAACCUUAACAUCCUGUCACACAUCGAUAAAUAUAAAGGGAGGUACAAGGAGUUAAAGUAUUUUUGGUUCCACGAAAAUUACAAAAAAAGGAAAUUGAACAAUCUGAUAAGAACAACACUUGAUUUAAAUGAUCAGAAUUAUUUUAUUAACAAUAACGUAUUUAUUUUAAUUGCCAAUGAUGAAAUAAAAUUUUUAGACGAGGUAACUUUCUGUGGAAGUUACAGUUCGGAUGAUGAGUGGUCUCUGUCGUACGUUACAGAUAAGAGUGUACUUGUAAAAUAUGAACGGAUAAAACGAAGAUAUAACUUGUCUGACCAUAGAGAGCAUAAUCGUGUUUUUCUUAUCAAAGUGAUGUACCAUGAGGAACAUAUAAGUUUGAUUCUAAUAGACUACAUCACAGGGUUAGGAGAUCCCAUGAAAUUGUCUAUUCCUUUUUUUUAUUUGGCAUCUCAUGAGCACUUUUCUCAGUACACUCAUUUUUUUAUGAAAGAUAAUUUGAUUGGCUGGAUCAGCAAGGGCAAAAUGUUGUACAUCACGGCGAUGCGCAAGAUUUUUUCCUACCUGCGGGAAAGCGCGAGCUACACCGACAAGCCCUACGACGUCAUAACCGUGGAAAACAAAAUAAUUUCAAAUGUGUACCUGCUCUAUCUGAGCCACGACAUUUUCAAGUAUGUCCUCUUCGCAAGGUAUAACCCUCUAAAGGAUUCUUCCCUCCACAAAAAUAUUCCCUUCGAGGCAGCGCUCCUCAGCCACAUCAGUACAUUCACGCAGGAAGAGUUAUCCAAGCACGAACUCUACUUCAGGAAAAUAACGAAAAAGGAAAUAAAGGAUUUGGAUGAUCCCAACAAAGAGAGCCGAAUGGAUGUCUUCGAUAUCUUUAUCAUCCCAUCAUCUAAUUAUAUUAAAUUCCAGCAAGUACUAUCUACACUCUUUAAGGCUCUAUUCGACUGUGGAGGGAAACACAUUUCUAUGUUGCUCAAGAUAGCCACUGUGAGAUCUCAUUACGACAUGUUGUACAACUUUAACUGCUACAACUAUCAGCUCCAUAGUUUCUUGGUGAACCUUAUAGACCUGCAUGAGCACUACUACGAGCAUACCGAGUUGGAUGCCUUGUUCAGGGAGAGUCAGAGGAUUCUCCUUCGGCUGGUGAAGCUGACACUGGACGAAAUGAAUAACCUCAUCCCGUUUAACGAAGACAAGGAGUUGGUCAAGUACCUCAUCAUAAUUCUUUACUUUGGGAACGAUAUGUUUUGCCUGGACAAGGAAAACUCCAUAUACCUUCAGCUCAUUUACGAGUUGCGCCAUCUAAACAUACAUCACGCGAUUCUCGUGGCGUACCUAUCCGGAGACAAGUCGGGGACACUGUGUUCAGAGGAGAGAGCUAUAGAAGUUGUCCCACAUGGAAAAGCUGAAGAGGACGAUCAAAAAUGGAGUGCCCCCUACAUCACCUUCGAGGAUCAAAACGCAUAUUUGAAGCCUCCAGCUACAAACAGAAUUGAUGUUGUAGACCCAAUAGCUGCUUUCCUAAACCGAUUCGAUAAUAGACACUUCGGGGAUUUCCACGUGACCAUAAAAUCAGACAAGCGCUACUCUCUUAGCAUCUUCAUCGUUUCGUACAUGGCGUCAGUCAUAUUCAUCAUCGGAGAACUGAACAAGAAACACAAGGUCAUUUAUGUCUACAGAAUAUUUAAAAAUGUGUACCUGAAGAAUUACCCCCACAACAUUACAAAAUAUUACACCUUCUGGAACACCCAACUUUACGCCUUUGCGCAGUACGAGCCGGAGUGCGUCCUGCUGUUUCAUAAGUACAGUCUGUAUGAGAAGUACAGCUCGGAUGGGAAGUAUGGCUCCGAUCGGGAGUACAGAUUAGGAGGAGAGGUACAACGCGCAGGAGAAGUAGCCCCCCCAGGGGGCCAGUCUGACGCACUCAAAAACAACCGGGAACUGAUGAACCACUUCGCCGCACAGCAAAACAGUUGUCUGUGCUACGAAAGCAUGAUCAAUAAGUCGAAGGGGGAGUUCGUGGUAAGUGAGUAUCUGGAGCUGCGCCACAGAUUUAUGAAGAGAAUUAAAAAAAAAAAAAAAAAAAAAAAUUUGUACGAAAAGAUGAAAAACUACAAUUUUUUUAAUGAUCCUUUGGAAAUAUCCUACAAAACGAGGAAAUUCGAAAAUGAAAAGUUAGUAGACAUUUGCAAGGACAUGACAUUUGAGAAAAACCACCUGUGCAUGUUUCACAAGUCUAGGAUCAUACUAACUUAUCUGUAUCUUCUGACCACCUCACCAGAGUAUACAUUCUACGUAAUCAGCCCCUUAGUCUUUAUAAAGCCAAAAAAAUAUUGCAACGAAUAUGACAUCCCAUUGGUCCUAAAUAAUAUAUUAAAGAACAGGAGCUUCUUCAAGAAAAGCUCAAAAAUUUGCAUUAACUAUGCUUUUGCUCAUUUUAUAUCUUCGGGAAAUAAAACGAACAACUUUAUCGUAACUGCCAAGAUAAGUGGGACCAUGGUAAAUGUCAGCAAGAACAACUUGUUGCUACUUCUCCCCCUGAGAAAGAGGGUAGACAUUUUGGAUCACUCCACAAAUAAAGAGUAUGACAUCAAGGAGGAAAUCUUAAACGAGUACUUCAUUCUUGGGAAUCCCUACAUCCCCAUUAGUGUUAUUUCGUACAGCUACGGGGACUACAACGAGGUGAAAAAGAAUGAACAUAGCACCAUAGCUGGGGCAUUCAUAAAAAGACAUGACCAGAACUUUGUCGUUUAUCGUAAAAUGACCACUGGGUACGAUAAAAUUGGUAAGCAUGAUGAGAAGAAGAAACCUCACCAAAGUGAUGAAAAGAAUUCCAACUCCUGCGCAGAGAAUCACUCCUUCGAAAUGAAGGGCAAAAUCCUCUGCUUCUGCGAUGUACUCAGGACUAAGAAAAAGGAGCAAACAGACAAUUGUGUCUAUCCCUUCUGUGAACAAAACAAACGAUUCUGUUACUUUAACGAAAGGUGUGUUGACGGUAAGUGCGUCUGCAUCGAGGGGUACUCAAGAAAUCCGAUGAGUUCUCUCUGCGAAAAAAACAACGAGUGCAUCUUAUCUGGUGAAUCAAACUGCAAAGAACCCGGGAAAUGUGUCUUCGCUCAGAAUAGAUACGUAUGCCUGUGCCCGCACCCCUAUGUGCGUGUUUUAAACAACUGUCUGCACCCACUCAAGGGCAUCAAGAUCGGCCUACGCAUCUUCAAUCAUUUUCAAAACGACUUUUCGAAUGACGAGGAUGAUGCAUCGAAGAAAGAAAAAUUCUACACGAACGUUUUCGGCUCCAUGUCGGAGUAUCUCAAGGAGGUCAUCAAAAGUGUGAUCGAUCCCGCGCUCACCACGCGCAUACACGUUAAGCCCAUAGAGAAGCUGAAAAACGGAAUCAAAGCGACCAUCAUAAUUAACCAGCGAAGCAGCCCCGAGGAACCGACGCCCAUCCAAGUCUUUAACAUUUUCCUAAACCAGUUGGGGGACUCUACAUCUGAGUUGAACAAUGGGUUCUACGCCUACUUCGCUAGAUUCACGUACAUAGAAUACGUAAAAUCGUUCUCCAAGGAUGAGGGUUCCUCCCCAUUCUACGAUCAUCUCCUCAGAUAUGUUCCAACCUUUUUCGUAAACAUGUUCGAGGUAGAUGCGUUCAAUGAUAUAUCGAUCAUCGCAUGUAUCAAUUUUUUUGUUUUAGUGAUUGUUACAUUUUCUGUUCUCUUUUACUUUUUCUACUUGUUUCUGAAAAUGAAGUUCUUCCGAGAUGUGUACCCCAAGGGGUUUUAG